AUGAAUUUUUGCACUUAUUUUGUCCUGUUAUCUACGGGCUGGACAAAAAUAUGGAACGUUCUCCGAGCUGUACCACUAACAAAGUACGGACUCACGUCGGCGAGACAGCCAAAUGGAGAAUCUAAUGUGACGUAUUUCAGGCCCAGAACCAUCAACUUGCUUUCGGCUUUCUUUUACGGGUUCCCUGUAAUAUUUGGCGGGCUUCCUGUUUGUUUGAUAACGAAAGAAAUCUCAGAGAUCAACAAGACGUUUUUGGAAUACAGCCAUAGCUACUCGACUAUCCACAAUGGAAGAACCACGACGACGCAAUCGAUGACGGAAUUCAAUGCUGAAACCACCAAGCAAACUUCUUCUAUGAUUUACAGCGGCGAGAAAUUGGUAUUCCUUUGGCGAUUGCUCAGCACCGGGUAUUGCUGUAACAUUGUCAUUUUGUUUUUGAUCAUGGCAUUUGGCUACUUUCGUAUCUUUCAGGCUGUCAGAUACCAGACUCAAACAUUUAGGAAAUCAUUUGAACAGCACACCUCACUUGCGAUCAGGAGCCACCCAGUAGAGCGUUCUUCAACACUCAAAUCAACGUCGAAAUAG